AUGAUGGUUCAACGCGGAGGUCGAGGCCAAUUUAACGCCGGCCGUGGAGGUGACCGUACCCGAGGUCUUGGCGACCGAGGCCGUGGCCGUGGGCGCGGCCAACGAUAUACAACCGAGAACAUAUCGGAAAUUACUACAAGGCGCACCACAUCUGCCCAAAUUGGAUCCGAGGCAACCGACGACCUUCUUAUAGCACCCACGUUGGAUUCCGAGCAACAACAUCUAGCUCAUUGGUACCUAUCGAAAAUAGGGUUCGACGGCUUUAGAACCCAGAAACAAGUUCGGGACUUCGUGCAUUCCCUCCUUGUUAACCUGUCCAACCACCACUCGGUUGAUACAUCUGGCCUACUUACCGACAUGGCUUCCUCGACGGGACUUGCGCGCCUAAGAGAGGUACUCCAGCGCAACAUGGUCAUCAACGCCGGCUUCGAGAAGGAUCGCACCUCGUUCCAAUACGUCGUCUUGCCAUUGAUUGGCGUCCUCACGCGUGAAAACGUGUGCCAGUCGACCCUUGUCCAAGAAUCUGGUCGCAUUUAUGCAGAGGUCUAUGGCUACCGACAACAGCUCCUCGAUCAAGGUGUUCUUCCAUGUAUGCGCGAGCUCAUCAACAGGGGGUCGAUGGACGACAUAAGCGCUAUAGGAAAGCAGCUGCGAGCUGACCGUUCGCUGUUACAAGUAGUCACUCUGCAGCGUGCCAUGCUGGCUGUCGUUCGUUUGGUGUACCAACUGGUCAAGCGCAUCCAGGGUGCCAAGAAGGAGAUGAUCGACACCAUUUCUGCUGUCCAAGAUUUGGCAAAGGAUUGUAUCGAGCGUUCAGACGACUCGCAGAUGUCACGUUUCCUCAACCAGAAUCUCGAGCGGGAGUGCCAGCGACUGCGCUACAUGGUGUCAGCCCCCGUUCCACCCGUGGUUGACCCCGCCUCGGAGGCUGGGAUGCCUCAUCCUAGCAGCCAAGCACCAAACCUGGUCCACCUGAGGCUAAACUUUGAUCCGCCUGGCCACCUCUCGGCGAAGGGUCCUCGCCACGACAACGAUCACGCCAUGAUCAAAGAUAUUCAAGUUGUCCCUACGCAAGAUGAGCUAACUUGCACGAGGCCCGCAUUCCUUCCCUCCAACGAUGUUCCUGGCGCUCCACAUCACCUUCUGCCAGGUUGGCCGCGACUCUUGGAUACCCACUUCCGCUUGAAUCGAGAAGACAUGAUCGACCAACUUCGCCGGGGCAUCAUGGCCUUCUUGGAUGCAUUACGCCAGACAACGCCCGAUCGGCAUGGUACCCUCUUGAAUAGGAGGGAGCUGCGCCGCAUCUUGGGCCAGGACGCUAGCGUGUACGCUUACGGAAGCGUCGAGUUUCUUGGCGCCAACACUACACGCCAACUCCAAGGAUCAAUCAAGAUCUCCUUUGACCAGCCGCCGCAGAUCAAGAGUCAGUCGGGAAGGCAGCGCGAGAUCUUUUGGCAGCGUUCCAAGAGGCGUCUCAUGCAAGGCUCCCUGGUCUGUUUCAUCCACCCGGUCGAGGGCGAGGAUACCGACUCACAAGAUCCUCCUAACAACCAGGAUGUUCAUAUAUUCCUCGGCGUUGUCAGCUUCCGUGACGUUCGCGAGAUGGCCAAGGACUCUGAAAAGGCUGUCAUUAAUGUUUCGUUGACGAAUCCUACAGACUAUUUUCGAUUCGUUAGCGCCACAAAGUCAAAUGCGAUCACACCUCGAGACUGCUUCAUGGUCGAGUCCAUGGGAGGAUUCUUCGAGGCCUAUCACCCGAUCCUCAAGACUCUUCAGACAUGCGAGCCUGGCGAUAUGCCUUUUGGCAAGUACCUUGCUCCUGCAGAGGAGCAGGAAGCCGGCGCGACCGUUACAAAUGUCGAUCCUCCUCUGUACGCGCGAGCACCGGAUUUCGAAUUCGAUCUGACGGUUCUUCUUGCGGCGCCAGCUACAUGUCGUUUGGACGUACAAGAUCCGCUGUCGCACCAGCAAGCCGUUGUUGCGCUUCGAGACCAUAGCAACUUGGAUGACACUCAGUCGCAAGCACUCGUAGACUCCCUCUGUCGUGAGGUUGCCUUGGUUAGGGGGCCACCUGGAACUGGCAAGACUAAGAUUGGCGUCGACCUCAUGCGUGUUCUAGUUCAGAAUUCCGAAAGGAAGAACUUUGGUCCGAUCCUCUGCAUCUGCUACACCAAUCAUGCUCUGGACCAGUUUCUGGAGCAUUUGCUCGAUCAAGGCAUUACUCGUCUGAUCCGCAUUGGAUCACGCUCGCAGUCUGAGAAGCUCCGCCAAUAUGGUCUUGGUGAGCUCAUGAAGGUCCACGGCAAAGCCUUCGCGGUGCGAGCAGCAUUAGCUCAAGCUUAUGCAGAGUGGGAAACCGUCGCUCAAGAACUGGAAAAAAUUGAUAAGGAUCUUCGUCGUUCCAAACCUCUGUUGGCGGAUGUUUUGAGGCAUAUCAUGAUGGAUAACGAUGAUCAGUAUUUCGAGCUUGAAUGCGGUGACGGCAGGCGCGAGCCUGACAAGGAACCCAAGUCCAUCGAGAAGAACCACCAGAGAUGGUCUACCGGUGCCGAUCUUGCAAAAAUGGGAAGGGAGAACCGACGCAUACAGAAGAAGUGGACAAAGACCAGACGGCAGGCAACCAAGAGACGCGAAAAGAUCCUUGCAGCACUAAGUAAAGAAGACCUGGAUGAGUGGGAAGUCGAAAGCGCAUUGGCGGACAUUGACGGACCAUCCGACCACGUUGCUCUCAUCGCCAUUCCAAACACCAACAGACCUCUCAAUACCCUCCGUGACGCUAGCCUUUGGACGAUGUCAAUGGAGGAACGUGAGCGCCUUCAGAAGUUUUGGACAGCACAGGCUCAGGAAGAGUUGCAGGAGCGGUACACCAAGCUGCAGGGAAAAAUCCAGAGCCUGUCCAAGCGUGUCUCGGAAGCGCAUGACGAGAUCCGGCGAGGCAUCCUCCGCAAGGCCUACGUCAUUGGUAUGACCACUAAUGGUGCUGCCAAGUUCAAUUCCAUGAUUACUGCGCUAUCACCAAAGAUUAUCAUCUGUGAGGAAGCAGGAGAAGUGCUCGAGUCUCACAUCUUGGCCGCCUUAUCUGGAUCCACUCAGCAUCUGAUCCUUAUCGGCGACCAUCUCCAGCUUAGACCCCAGAUCGCGACCUACGUGUUGUCAUCCGAUUCACGGCAAGGUAGUCAGCACAAUCUGGACCGUUCUCUGUUCGAGCGCUUAGUCGCCACCGACAAGAUUCCGUCUUCUCCACUCGCCACUCAGCGACGCAUGAGAUCCGAGAUCUGUAACCUGGUCCGCCCACUCUAUCCAUAUCUCGUCGACGGCGAGCAGGUCCUUAAUUACCCUGACGUGUCAGGCAUGGCUACGAAUGUGUUCUUCAUGGACCAUCGCCAUCCUGAGGACAGCCGUGACCAGUACGGUAUCCAAUCGUAUGCAAACACGUUUGAGGCUGAGAUGGUCAAGGCUCUCGUCUUUCACCUCAUCAAGAAUGGGUACCAACAGUCUAGUAUCACCGUCUUGACGCCAUACCUCGGACAACUCUCACGGCUUCGAGAUACUUUGGGCGAUAUUGUCCGACUGGCCAUUGAUGAGCGCGACCAAGAGCAAUUGGAUGCCCUGAAGGACGAAAUGCCAACUGCUCAUGAUCCAUGGAAGGCCGCCACUACCAAUCGUACUUUAACAUUGCGAACAAUUGACAACUUUCAGGGUGAAGAGGCAGACAUCAUUAUCAUCUCGCUCGUGCGGAGCAACACUCGUGAAGACCAUCAUGGCUCAUCGGCGACCAUAGGCUUUCUCAAGUCCCGCAACCGUACAACCGUCCUUCUCUCUCGUGCCCGCCAUGGCAUGUAUCUGAUUGGUAAUGCGUCACUGAUGGACCAGCCUCAGAACGGUAUCUGGCCGGAUGUUAUGGCUGAGCUUCAUGAGAAUGACCGUAUCGGCAACGGAUUCCUCCUGCGAUGCCGCAACCACCCCGAGACGGAGUUUAUGAUCAGCUACCCUACAGACUUUAAGACCUAUGCACCUAACGGAGGAUGCACCAGGCUCUGUGAUCAAGUCCUGCAUGCGCUCAGCCAUGUCCUCGUCUGCAUCCUCAAUGCGACCAUGUCUGUCCCAAGGAGUGUGGCCAAGAGUGUGGCGACUGUCAGCAGCCCGUCGGUGCACUUCCUCUUUCGUGCGGUCAUGUUCUCGCCAAAGCCUACUGCUUCCAAAGACAAGACCCAUCGAGAGCUCGAUGCAAAGAACGAGUCGUUCGAAAGCUGCCACACUGCGAGCAUGAACAUCCCAUGUAUUGCUACAAGGACACCGAGACCUUCAAGUGCCAUAAAAAGUGCGAUAUCCUUCUCGAUUGCGGUCACGCUUGUACCAAGCAUUGCUUUGAGUGUCAGGCUGCUUCGCUCCGUGCUGAUGGUCUGCCUGAUGAUCCUCCGCCAGGUGAGAUUGUUGAUCGUACCGACCACAGCAGCUGUCUUCAGAAGUGUGGCAAACUCAUGCACUGUGGGCAUUCCUGUAGUGCCUACUGUCACAUCGAAGACACUGUCGUGCGGUCACCAGUGCCCUUCUGUGUGCGGUGAGAGGUGCCCUCCACUCAAGUUCUGUGUCGAGUGCAAGAGUGACCCCAGUGUCAUGGAGAUGAUUGUCGACCUCAUCAUGCAGGAGCCUUUGAGCGACGUCGAUGUGAACGAAGAUCCUCUUCUCGUCCUUCCCUGUGGGCACGCCUUGGUCAUGUCAUCGCUCGACGGUCUUAUGGAGAUGAAUGCCUACUACGAGGAAGAUAUCAACCCGCUCACAGGUGAGGUUGCAUUUGUUAUGACCAAGUCGCUGCCCAAUAGUGAGGUCCCCAUGAUUGGCUGUCCUUCGUGCCGUGCUCCUAUUGCUAGUCUCGUUCGUUAUGGACGUCGGAUCAAGUACAGCCAGCUGGUUAUGCGUCUCAAGAAGUUUGAGAUGCUUCAGAGCGCCGCCGUCACCGAAGCCGAGAAGAGGUUCACCGCAGCACAAGACUCAGUCCACAAGAAUUUGCCAGCCUUCCUCGACAAGAUCUCCAAGAUCAAGUCGCCAAACGUCUCGAGGCCUCCCAAGAAGAGCAAGAACGUCCGUCGUGGACUGGGUCAGUUCGAGGUUGACGGUGCCUCGUUCCCAAAUACCGAUGUCACCACCUUGUUCCGCUCCUACGAUAUAAAUCCGAGGCAAGAACGAGCCUGGAAAGAGUUGAUCCAACCUACCUUAGACGCACUCAAGACUUUUGAUGAGAUCCGAGAGCAGGCCACUGUCUCGCCGCCACGUCGUCUAUUUGAGGCGUCUGUGGCACACCUCUACCGCUUCAAGAGCCAAGUCUUCUACGUUGACUCUGCCGAGAACGGGUACCAGACAUUCUUAUGGACACCUGAGGAGUCGCAACGAGUCACGGACGAAUGUUGUUGCGAAUGUGGCCUGUCACCAGAUCACCAAGCAGGCUCAUCGUUUGUCCAAGCAAUCCAAGGCCGAUCUAAUGUCCUUCUUUUGAUCUUGCACGCAGCGCUCCAGGCGCUGGAGAAAGGUGGCGGCAUCGGCUCAGGCUGGUACUGGUUCGUCGAGGGUCUUCUCCUGUGCUGUGCCGUCCAUGCCGGUAUCCAAAGGGACGCUGCCAUUAAAGGCCACUAUCCUCGCAUUGAGAUGUGUGCAAAGAUGAAUCUGCUAGACGUCCUCUACAAGCGUUUGAAAUGGAUCGGUCGCCGUCCGUUCGACAAGCGCAGUCCCGAGCAGCAGCAGCUCCGCCAAAAGGCUGUCGACGAGGUGCUCGAACAGUUCAUGAACACACUCAAGGAAAUCGAAGACAGUGACCAAAUCGGCCUGCGUAAUAUGUGGUUGCCCAAGGCGCGCGAACUCGAGUCUAGCAUGGUGACUGCCGUCAAGAUUGCAUUGUGUCAACUUGAUCAACCCCUGACCCAAGCCGAGAAGUUUGAGGUCUUCCGCGCCAUGCAGAUCGAACUCCAUGGUGCAGGCCAUUUUUUCCGCUGCCCUAACGGCCAUUCCUACGUAAUUGGAGAGUGUGGCGGAGCGAUGCAGGAGUCGAUAUGCCCUGAAUGUGGUGCGGGUGUUGGAGGUAGAAGUCACCAACUCGCUGAAGGCAACCAAGUGGACACAGAGUACGAAAGCUUCUACCGAAGCCGGUAA